UUUAGGUUUUUAAACGUGUUUUUUCGGCGAUGGAGAGCAUACGAGCCGUGGUGUACCUGUCCGUCUGUCUGUCCGUGAUGACAUCACUCUGUCAGAGUCAGAGGUCAGCUGACAACCGUCUGCCGUCUGCACCCGACGAGCUGCUCAUGGGACUCACAACCAAAGAUCUGGCUGAAGCUCUGCAGGGUUUCCUGGAUGAAGCUGACAGCAGUGUCGGUCUCUCUGUGGAGAAGAAAGCCAGCGUCAUCCCUCGGUGUGACGUGGGCGAGCGCUGUGCGAUGAAACACGGACCCCGGAUUGGUCGACUGUGUGACUGUCUGAGAGGAACGGCCUGCAACACCUUCUUCCUGCGAUGCUACUGAACACACACACACACACACCUGACACUUCUGUACUUGCGAGGACAUCAUCCUCGUCUAACCUGACCAGAUGUUUAAAGAUUAAAAUGUCCUCACAAGCAUAGACAACACACACCUGUCUCACCUGGAUGUCUCUGCAUGUUUCUGUCUUUGUUUUCAAGUUUCCGUGUCCGUUCCUCAGAUUCAUUUAUUUUUGUUAAAUAAAGAUUCUUCAUGAA